CUUCACUUGUAAAAAGGCACAAAUUUACCCCACGACGGACUUCUGGGAUCUAUCUAACAUCCACACUGAUCUUUUCCCCACACCAGAGCCAGUAUAAAGAAUUCAUAUAUUGGACUGCCAUGGCUGGCCUGAACUCUACCCUUGUCGCACUCGUCGGCGGGCUGGCGGCUGUCUACAUCGCGCUGCGUGUCUUGUUGUACGUGACACACGAUCCGCGGGAGCCGCCGAUGAUUGAGACAACGAUCCCGUACAUCACGCCCGCGGUGGGAAUGAAGCGGAAUAAUCGGUAUUUUACUACGCUCCGGGAGCGCUAUGGAAAGCUGCCAAUUUAUACUCUGCGCCUACCGGGAAGUCGCCUGGGCCGCCGUCUCUACGUCAUCAACGACCCGAAGCUCAUCGCGGCCGUCCAGCGCGAGCACAAGAUCUGCACCUUCCAGGCCAUCGAGGAUAAGUUCUCGCAGCUGAUAUGCGAUCUCAGUCCAACGGCGGUCGCUGUCCAGAAGGAGGAGUCUGAUAAGUGGCUCGCUGGGCCUGCAAAUGCGUCUAGUCCGGCGGGUACGACGUUCAAGGCGCUUGCUCCCGGGAAGUUCCUGGAUGAGAUGAACAGGACUAUGAUGAACGUGCUUCAAGAGAGCGUGGAAAAUUGGAUUCCGGAGGGCGCGAACGAGAUCAAUAUUAAGUUGUUUGAGUGGAUCAAGGAGAUAAUUACCGUUCCGACGACUGAGGGUGUAUAUGGCCCUAAGAAUCCAUAUCGCGAUGCAGCAGUGCGCAAGAGUUAUUGGACAUACAGCGCCGGCGUCGGCACGCUCACGAUGGGUCGUCUCGGGCAAUGGCUUGCCCCGGACUGCGUCAAGUCACGCGACUUCCUCGCCUCCGUCUUCGAAGACUUCUUCAAGAAAGGCGGCCACGUCACGGCAUCGGGUCUUACCCGCCAGCGCUACGACUGGUACAUCAGCCGCGGCUUCCCCGUGCGAGACUACGCCCAACUCGAAGCCGGGCACGGCGUUGCGAUUCUCGGGAACACGGUACCCACGACCUUCUGGUUUGUCCUGCAUAUUUUCUCCGACCCCGAGAUCCUCAAAGCGUGCCGCGAGGAGGUCCUUGCGUACGUCGUGGAUUCGAAGGAUGCUGACGGGACGCCGAUCCGGACUCUCGACGUGAUGGCGCUGAAGGCGUCCUGCCCACUCUUGCUGUCGGUCUUCAAGGAAGCAAUGCGCGUUCACGGCAAAGGCGUCGGGAUUCGAGGCGUCAUGCAAGACCAUCUCCUCGAUGGGAAAUGGCUGGUCAAGAAGGACACGACUAUCUUCAUGCCUUCGACUGUCCAGCACUUCGACCGCGAACGCUGGGGCGCCGAUGCCACGGAAUACCACCAUGACCGCUUCACCGAUAAGGCACGCCCGCGCGUGAACAACAUCUCGUACCGCGCUUUCGGCGGCGGCACCACUCUUUGUCCAGGGCGCCAUUUCGCGACCACGGAAAUCAUGACUUUCGCUGCAAUGCUCAUGCUGCGGUUCGAGAUGGUACCCAAGGGCGGGGAGUGGGAGAUGCCCACAACAGAUAAGGCGCGUUUGACCAGCGUGAUGCCGGCUCCAGAUUACGAUAUCGAUGUCCAGGUCAAAAGGCGAAAGGGUGACGAGGGCGUGAAGUGGGUGUGGAAGCUGACCGAGAGCGAAAAGGGGAUUAUCUUGGGGAGUGAGGACACGGAUAGACAUUAGGAGAUAAAUGAAAGCGGAGGCAUCAGUGG